CUACCACCACAAUCUGCAGUUCAUAUAUUAGAAAGGAUUUAUGAAAACAAAAAACGCAUAUACAAUCCAAUAUCAUAUUUACGCUCAGAGUUCAAAAGACUCAAAGAUGUUAAAAUUAAACCAAACCAUAUACCAGAUUAUUGUACAAUGAUGCGCAAAAUAAUAGUAACUCCUACUACCAUGUACAUGUUACCACCAAAUAUAGAGACGUCCAAUCGGGUUAUUCGUUAUUUUAAAGAUAAGAAAGAUAAUUUCUUGCGAGUUCAUUUUUCUGAUGAGGCGUCCAAUAAAAUUGGUGCAUCAAGUGGUGACAUAAAUGAAAAACAUAGUCUUGCUUUGUAUAACAGAAUAUUUCAUACCUUAAAUGAUGGUAUCAAAAUUGGUGAUACACAUUACGAAUUUCUGGCCUUUUCAUCAAGUCAAUUAAGGGACCAUUCUUGUUGGUUCUUUGCUUCAACCAAAGAUCUAACUGCGGAUGAUAUAAGAAAUUGGAUGGGAAAUUUCACGGAUAAAACAGUUGCAAAGUAUGCUGCCCGUAUGGGUCAAUGCUUUUCAAGCACUCGUGCAAUUCAGCGUCUGCCUGUUCAUGAUAUUAAGGAAAUACCUGAUAUAGAAAGAAAUGGUUAUGUAUUUUCUGAUGGUAUUGGAAAAAUUUCUCAUUUAUUAGCAAGAAAUAUUGCAUCUAAACUAGAAUUAAAGUAUAUCCCUAGUGCUUUUCAAUUUAGAAUGGCUGGGUAUAAAGGAAUGUUAUGUCAAGAUAGUUCUUUACAAGAAAAUCAAGUUAAAGUACGUAAUAGUCAACGUAAAUUUGAUUCAACUCAUAAUGAAUUAGAAGUGAUUAGGUGUUCCGCUUAUAUUCCUUCCUAUCUUAAUAGACAAGCAAUUACAUUAUUGUCAUCAUUAGGAAUUCCUGAUAAUAUAUUUAUUCGUAUGAAAGAUGAGCAGGUUGAUCAACUGAAUAAAAUUCUUGAAAAUGAAAGUACGGCAAUAAGUGUUUUACAACAUAAUAUUGAUGAAUAUGGAACAUCAAAGUCUCUUGCAGAAUAUGUGAAAGCAGGAUUUUUACAAAAAAAUGAUCCUUAUUUAAUAAAUUUAAUUUCUUUAUUCCGUAUCACAAUGUUAAGAGAUAUUAAAAAGAAAGCAAAAAUUCGUGUUAAUAAAGGAGCAUUUUUGUUGGGAGUUUUGGAUGAAACAAAAUCAUUAAAAGAAAAUGAAGUAUAUUGUUGUACAAGUGAUCCUUGUAAUCCAUCUAGCAGAAAAUGGAUUACAGGAACAUGUAUUGUAUACCGUAAUCCAUGUUUUCAUCCCGGAGAUGUAAGAAUUGUAAAAGCUGUAAAAUGUGAUGCUUUAAAAGAUCUGGUGGAUGUAUUGGUAUUUCCACAAGUUGGAGAACGUGAUAUACCGAAUCAAUGUAGUGGUGGUGAUCUUGAUGGUGAUGAUUUUACGAUAAUUUAUGAUGAGAAUCUAAUUCCAGAACAAAUAGAAGAACCUAUGGAUUACAAAGCUCAAAGACCCAAAAAAGUUGAAAAAGUAACUAUGGUUGAUAUAAAAAAAUUUUUCGUAAAUUAUGUAUUUUCUGAUCAGCUUGGUAGAAUUGCCAAUGCUCAUUUAGCAAGGGCAGAUAAAAAUCCAGAAGGUGCUAAACAUGAAUCAUGUAUUAAACUUGCACAUUUACAUUCAGAUGCUGUGGAUUUUCCAAAAACGGGGAUACCUGCAAGUUUCCCAUUAAACCUUCGUGUCAAAGAAUUUCCAGAUUUUAUGGAAAAACCUGAUAAAGCUGUUUAUCAGUCUAAGAAAGUUCUUGGUAUUUUAUACCGCUCAAUUAAAGAAGAAGAUUAUAAACCAUAUGUAGAUUUGAAUUUUGAUAAAAGAUUAUAUGUUGAAGGAUAUGUAAAAUAUUUAGAGGAAGCACGAAUGCUCAAAAAAUCGUAUGAUAGAGAUGUUAAAGCAUUGAUGAAUCAAUUUGGAAUAAUGACCGAAUUUGAAGUAACCAGUGGGUACAUUAUA